AUGAGGCGAAAAGGUCCAUCUGGUGAUAUCGAGGCUAGAGGUGAGCCCAAGCGGGUCAGGACUGCGAGUCGCGGAGGCACUGUAUUUGAGAUGAUGGUUAGCACCAGAGCAAUCCAAGACAAAGACGGUGAUGAGCUUCAAGAACGCAUUUAUACGAUCAUGAUUCCAGAAAGGACGUGCAAAGGGCCACGACGAGCGUGUCGUGCGCCCGAAGACGACAGAGGGCCCAGCAACCCCCCACCCCGGCUGUAUAUUGGCGAGAGAGCGUAUCAAGAGAUGACAUACGGAUUUGAAGUGCGAAACGGAGAGCCCGCAAGUCAGAUUCGCAUGAUUCGCAUCAACUGCAGGCCAACUGACACCCUGGCGCUUUCCCUCGAGUCCAGCGAGAAAGGCAACCUGUGUGGACUCGAGUACUCAUCGGAAACGAUGCAAUAG